CAACCUUUUUAUCGUGAGCAUCAGCGAACGAGUUUUCAAAGAGAGCAAAGCCUUAACUUGAUUAUUAAUCAAACUGCAGUGAGACUGCACCAGAUUAAUGCAGUCGAGAUGAACGUCUGAAAAAAAUAGACACGAAUAAAAUAAGAAAAAGUAGGAGGCGCUCUCACGACAGAUAUUGAGUGGUGGGACGGGCUUAGCCUGCGCAGAGACGAAUUAUUAGGACAUAAAGACACAUUUCAUUGCGUCAAUCUGUUGUAUGAUGAACAAUUUCAACCGGCGACCUUAUUUUAAGAAAUAGUUGUGAAUUAACGCUAUUAAAACGAGUUUAAGAGCCUUCAUGAGCGUUUAAUUACGCAAACGUUACGCCGCUGGGCGUGACAUCACAAAUCAGCUCGUUCGGGUUGAAGACAACACGUCGGGCACCCAUCCUUUUCUUUCGCUAUGUUUAGAAAGGGAAGGCGAUAGCCGGCAGGCCGGUGCUGAUCGUAUUCUGUCGAGGGUGUCGCCAUUUUCGUUUUGACGAAUAUUGACAGCACGGCAGACAGACAGUGGCUCGAACGUCGACGGAGCGUCUGCCACUAUUUUUAUUUUGAUAGUGAAUCACAUAACGUGCUCGUGUUGUAUUUGUAAUAAAAAGCUGUUUAUUUAAUACUAUCUCGCGUGACUGGUGAUUGAUAAAUGACUGUUUGAGAUUUUUGGUGCUAACCUCCUUUUUUAGCUUAGUGUUUUUAAGAACUGCAAGACUGUAAUCGAUAUGUGCAAGAUGUGCAGAUGACUCCACAGUCCCAAGCGACACCGUGUUGUUUUCUUCUGAUGGUGGCGGGGCGGGGGCGGUGCUAGGGAUGCAGGGCGCCGCGCCCGCCGCCGACGGCGAUCAGGCGCAGUUCGAGGCGGACAAGCGGGCCGUCUACAAACAUCCCCUAUUCCCGCUGCUAGCCCUCCUCCUCGAGCGAUGCGAGCAAGCCACGGCGGGGGCGGAGGCCCCGGCCGCCGACGCCUUCGGGGCUGACCUGCAGGCCUUCGUGCAGCAUCAGCGGAGGGACCGGCGCCCGUUCCUGGUGGACGACCCGGAGAUAGACGGGCUCAUGAUUAAGAGCAUACAGGUGCUCAGGAUUCACCUGCUAGAAUUAGAGAAGGUGCAAGAGCUGUGCCGAGACUUCUGCGGACGCUACAUCGCCUGUUUGAAGACGAAGAUGCAGAGUGAGAAUCUUCUACGGACUGACUACACGGGAGGUGGCGUGGAAAGCAAUAAUAAUCUCUCGGGCACCUUAGACGAUCAUUCCAGCACUUCCAACUCCCCACAGUAUCAGUCGCCGGUGGCAGUGCUGCCCGCGCCGCCGUCCUACCCCGUGUUCCACGCCGACCUACCCUUCGCCGCGCCCCGCGCCGACCCGCAAUCCCUAGUGGUGCAAGGCUCAACGCCCAUAAGUCAAAUCGGUGCCGGGUUGAUAUCAACAGAUUCUUUCACAGGGACGAACUCCAACAAUUCUUGCUCGUCCGUCUCCGGCUCACCCCCUCCUGAGGACGAAGAUGACUCCAGCGGCAAGCGCGGCGUCCUCCCCCGCCACGCCACGCAGGUGAUGCGCGCCUGGCUGUUCCAACAUCUAGUGCACCCAUACCCGACUGAGGAAGAAAAGCGUACACUUGCGGCGCAAACCAGGCUGACUUUACUCCAAGUUAACAACUGGUUUAUCAAUGCCCGUCGUCGCAUCCUACAGCCCAUGCUAGACUGCGCUGAUAAACCUGGUGGCAAGAAAAGUAAAAAUGGAUCUUCCAUCAGCAAAAGGUACUGGCCUGAUGCGCUCUCCAACCCACAGUUCACUGCAGGUCUCCUGUCAUCCUCAGAAGACGAAGAGCCUGAAGGAGAGCCUUCAGGAGACGAGCAGGAGCCGUCCAACGAAGACCCGGAGACCUUCCCUCCCAUACAGCAGCCCAUGCACUAAGUCACACAAAAUCCAAAGGGGGCGUCCAUUAAUUACGCGAGGGGUUUUUGAGUUAUAUUUGACGGAACCCCACCUCUCCUUCACAUGAGCUUUAGUGAGAUUCGGCUUGCCCCCCCCCCCCCUGAAGCCCUCACGUAAUUAAUGGACGCCCCCAAAUGUAAAAAAAAACAUUACCAUUGGCAACAUAGUCCCAGCUAAUUUUUCUGCCCUCUGGCCGGAAAGCGCCAACUUUCGGCCCGCCGCGCUACGAAGUUGUCGCUUUUCGGCUCUGUCGGACAGUAAAAUAAUAUACACACGUAGUCCAGUAAAUAAGAAAGCCUCAAAUGUUUGUCGACCUCGGCAUUGCCUCGGCAUGACAAUUACAUGGAGAGAUUUAUUGCUUUACGUAUGUAAUAUGUACUCUUUUUUACACGUGUGCGGAAAUAAUUUGCCAAAAACUCGUAGGUGCAAGCAGACUAUGGGUAAUAGCCCUUUCCUUCCAUACUGGGUGAUUGUAGGGUCGACUAAAUGUGACUUUCCAUCAGAGAAGAGUCCUUAUACAAUGACGCAUAAGGACCUUUCUGUAAUGGAAAGACACAAAUAUGUUAAAUAUAACUUUCAAACAAAUCAAAACAGUUGCCAAGCGGGAUUAAAAAUAUGAAAAAUAAAAUAAAAUGCGAACUUAAAAAUUAUGAUAUGAAAAAUAUAAUAAUCAGAGCCCGGAAUUUUCGCGGCAAAACAAGACUGUCGCAAUCUUGCUAGAGUUUGACUGUCUUUUUCUUCUAUUACCCAACUAUCGAUAUCGAUAAAAAAAUGUUUCUAACUCUAGCAAGAUUGCGACAGUAUUUUGUUUUGCCACGAAAAUUUCGGGCUCUGUAUUUAACUUUCAAAGCAAAACAGUUGCCAAGCGGGAUUAAAAAUAUGAAAAAUAAAAUGAAAUGCGAACUUGAAAAAUUAUAUGAAAAAUAUAAUAAACGAUGGACUUGAAAAAUGUAUUAAAUGCUUCCACUUAAGGUCGUUAAUACAACCAUAAUAAGUAAAAACGAACUUUACGAUAUAUUUAAGAGCGAUUGGUUCUGAGCCUUCACAGAAACUUAUUUAAAAGGUUUGUAAUUGUAAAUAUCAGGCUUAUGUAAAUAUCUCAAACAUUAAAAAUUAUUUGAGCUGACAGUUCAAAAAUGACUAACGCGUUAACCAUAAUCAUAAUCAUUUAUUUGCACAUAAAAAGGGUUUUUACAUAAAUAUUAUAAAAGUUACAUGGUCUAGCCUUUACCAUAGAGUAACUGAUACUAGAGCGUUACUGUCAUAGUAAAUUUUGUAACCCCAGUAAAUUCACUGCCAUCUGUCGACACACUUUAAAACUAAAAAUGAAGAUUUAUAAAAAUACGAUAGAAUGUAUUUAAAUAUAGAUAAAUGAUUUUUUUUAUUUGC